AAAGAUUCCUUUAGUUGGCUGAACUAAAAAUCAGAACAAGAUGAAAAAGUAUCAAUGUAUUGAAUGUGGUGCCAACGUUUUGCAUCUUUAUCGUGACUACAAAGCAGAUGUUAUAAAAAUAUAUCACUGUGAGUCAUGCAACGCUGUGGCUGACAAGUAUAUUGAGUAUGAUCCAGUCAUUAUUUUGCUUGAUGCCCUACUCUUACAGCCUCAAGCAUACCGUCACUUGCUAAUUAAUUCACAACAUGAGUCAGAGUGGAGGCUUGUGUUCCUGUUAUGGAUAUGUGAUGCCUUUGCUAAACUUGUUAGUCACAGAGCAGAUUUGGUCAUCACGCAACAGGCCUCGACUCCUGCAAAUGUGAACUACAUUAAUCUGGGCUUGGAGCUGUAUUUAAAUUUUAUAAUUGCAGCAGCAGAACUGUGUAUUUUUAUGGCAUUUGUUGUGCUAAUGUUUGCAGUACAAAGUCUUUGGGAAACUAGAAGUCUCCAGUCAUUAAGCAUUCCUCUGUUGUCAAAAGCUGUUAUACUAGCCAGUAUGGGACGGAUGCUAGUAAUACCUGUUCUACUGUGGGACCAGUCUUACAGCUAUGUUUAUGGGCUACUGUGUCAAGGAUUUGUUUGUUUGUCAACACUCCAAGCUCUGAGAGUUGUGAAUCAAGGUCAAAGAAAGACUUUUUGGUCAUUAUUAGCAGUCAUUUUUGGAUGUUUGUCUCAACACCAAAUUUCUCAUAGACUCCAUGAGUGGUUUGAUUGAUGAAGAUGUAACCUGAAACACCACAUUUCUGAAAUUCUGCUCUGGAGCAAGGAAAUUGAAAAUACUUUCUCUAUCUUCAAGGCUGUCAAAAUUAUUGGAUGGUUCCUAUUAAGUGCCUUCUUACAUGAUGAUAGAAUGGAAUGGGGUUUAAAGAGAGAUCUUAGUAAAUGUUUUUAUUUACCUCACAUUAUCUCUGGUAAUACAGGCUGUGAUAUAGUCUUUAACAGGAUGAAAAUACUGUUUGAUUAGACAAGUUUGCUUUUUUAUUUUUAUAACUUCUAUUCAAAUAUAUUUAGUGCUUGCUAGCAGUAACAAUUUUAGUUUAUAAACUCAUCACAGAACAAGAGAACAAACAAAUGCUGCAUGCAAAGGAAAAGAAUGAACACUUUAACGUCAAAUAAUUUAUUGUAAGUUCUGCUGCAUAAAAAAAUUGCAAUGGUAAUGUCUACACCUACACACCUUGUAAGGUUGCACAUAUUUCUGUAUGUUAGUAAUCUACUGUAUAAUGAUGGAGCUUUUUUCUCACAAUUUUUAAACUUUUCAUACAAAAUAUGUUUUAAGAAAAUUUUACCUCAACCGUAGUUUAAAUUUUUUUUGGGCAGUUGUAGACUUAAAAAACAACUCAUUUGUAGAUAUACAUUAAAUAUUGAUGAUACCAUGAUUAAAUUUUAAUGUUUAGGAUUAAAUGUUUAAGCUUGAGAAAACUCAGAUUUCCUUAAUCUGAGAUUAUUCUCCAUGAAUUUGGAAGUCUUCCCAGCACAAAUAGCUAAUGCCCAUUCAUAAGUAGUAUAAAAAAGUAUUUCUUUUACUCAAAUGUAAUUCAUUUCUGAGAAAGUAGAUUUGAAUAAUUGCUGUACAUGUGAGUGUUGUGUUUGUGCCUAAGUUCAGUGUGUUGGGAAUAAAAUGACCUGAGCACCCUGUACCGUGGUAAUUGAAUACUCCCAUGGAUUUCGACUAGCUUUAAGGUAUUUUAACAAUAAAACUUGAGUGGACACGUAGAAACAAAUGAAAAUCCUGCUUGAUGGUUAGUAUGUAAACAAUCUGAAAAAAUGUCAAAGUUUAAAGCACAAAUCUUUUCAAUGAAUUUAUAAUAAAAUGUGUUAAGAAAGUGUAAUUCUGCAUCUUUGUAAUCUUAUUAAAGUCAAUGUAACAACAGUUUUAUAAAAAAUGUAAUUCUGCUUCUUUUUAAUUUUAUUAAACUUGUUCCUCAGAAGUAAAUUUUUUUAAUAUGGACGGUUGAUGAUUGUUUAUCCCACAGCAGACAAUUUGGCAGUAAACAAAAUGUGUUCUUAAUUUAUGGAUUUGAGAUCAUACAGCUUAUUAAUGACAGAAAUUACAUGGAAAACAUUUUUCAUAUAUAACUUUGGGUGCAAAAAAAAAACAAUCUCUACUUAACAAUUGAACAUUUCCUAAAAAAAUGUGCUAUUAACUAUUAGCCACAACUUUGACAAGCAUUAAAAAAAUGGAAUUUUGAUAAAAUCCCACUAACUUGGUUCUACUUGCAUCACUUUGCCAGGUUUUCUACAAACUGGUGACUAUUAAAUAACUUGUUUGAAUCUGAUAACUUUAAAGCACCACAACAUGGCAUGCAUUGAAAAUACAGCAUUGACAUAUUACACUGAGAGUUUUUUAGUACAAAGAAGGACAAUAAAAUACUUUAAGCUGACAGACAACACUACAUGUAAAACAGCAGUAAAACAAAUCUUCAAAUAGUUUCAGGAAAAUAUACGCACGAUUGAGCUAUUAAAUAAUGCAGAUCUGUACAUGACUAGAUGUGAAGGAGGUCAGUGCUUGUCUGUGUCUGUCUAGUUGUUAUUGAAUUUCUCGCCAGAGGUUAGAGUCUCUACAUUCCCCAAUCUGUAACUUGAUUUGGUCAAUGUUGGUUAGCUUCUAAUACUAAUAAUGUAGCAUACAAUUAUAUUACAAUGCAUAAACAAUGAAAUGUUUCACUAAGUCAAUUUUUACAGAAAAAAUUAGUUUGUCUAAAAUAUAUUUUGUAACAGUUUAUUUUCUCCUUUAAUAAUACUCAUAAUAGUAAGAAAAUGUCUACAUUUUCAGCAUGAAGGUUAGGUUGAUAAUUUGUUCAACCAAAGUCACACUUUUUUCUAUACAUAAAUUAGUUGGUCAAGUUUUUUACAUGAAUGUUUGUAAUGAAAAGAACAUAAUUGUAUGUGAACUUAUAAAUAUUUACUGUUUUGCCAUUUAUUUCAUAUUAUCUACAAAAAGAUAAUAUACAACAAUAGAAUAAUAUGGAUACAGCCAGAUAAACCUUUGUCUAAGUAACUAUCUUCAAAUAUAAGUAUUAAAAAUGAGGUUUGAUUGUAUUCUAUUGAGGUAAUUUAAA